AUGUGCUAUAGGAUACUUGGGUGGCGGCGUUGCCUCGCCGCCACUCAGCGCCUGUCCGGACACCCGGACAGACAAUUCUGUCCGGCCCGUACAGUGACUAUCCCGGAUAUUCACCUAGCGCUAUCUCAGAUCCAGUCGGCGCCGGCGCGGCGCCGCGACGCCGUGACGUCGCUGCGACGUCGCAAGGACAUCCAGCGACGUGCUCCUGUUCUGAGAUCUGUCGGCGCAGUCGCCCAGCGACACGCCGCUAUGCUCCUACAGCCAACAUACAACACUCCCUUGAGCAUCCAAUUGGGCAAAAACAAGAGGGAGACGGGUGGCAAAGAGGCAGGGGGCAAGAAUCCACAGGGAGUCACUGUGAGGAAUCCGGCAGACGACCUUUCAGACACGACGGUCAAGGACCAUCGCGCAGCGAUGCUGGAGCGCAAGACACCGACGGAGCGCAGCGAUUUGGAGGAUGCCUUGUCCCGAGAGCCCACGAGUGUUUUCGACGACACCAGCAGCGACGAAGAUGGGCCUGAAUCACUCUCUCGCAGUCUGCUGUCACUCUUGCAGAAGUCCAGAACAUCACCGCCGGUCGGAGUCCGCAAACAUUCCAUGUCGGCCAGUUGGCACAGUGACAAAACAGGCGCGGGCGCUUCGUCCACCUCUCCCACCAGCUCGCGGACCACCAGAAAGUGGAUGGUGAACAGAAGCAAGACCAAUGAGACCGGGACGAACGAGGAGUGUCAAGAGCUGUCGGCUGCUCCGGGCUCAAGCCAGCAGUCCCGCAAGGCGUCGACCACCGAGGGCAGCUGA